GAACGUGAUCGGAAGUCGCUCAGUCAGCUGAGUAACAACAACGUCCACAUCUCCGACGGUCAAAGAUGGCCUACCCAAAAUCCCACAACCCGUUUGCAGAUGAUGAUGAUGAGGAAGACUUUAAACCGAAAAGUAGGGGCUUCGAUGACCCUGAUGACAGUGGGAUGAGUGAAGCAGAGAGGAGGCAGCGAUACCUCCAGCAGGAAGUGAUGCGUACAGCUCAGUCUGCUGUGGACAGCAGUCACCGCUCCCUUGGCCUCAUCUAUGAAUCAGAGAAGAUGGGUGUGGAAACUGCAGAGGAGCUGGUGCGACAGGGUGAGGUUCUGAAAAGGACAGACAAGAUGUUGGACAACAUGGAUCAGGACCUGAAGACCAGCCAGCGGCACAUUACCUCUAUAAGAAGUGUGUGGGGCGGUCUUGUUAAUUACUUCAAGGGCAAGCCAGAGACAAAGCCACCACCUGAGCAGCCUAAGGCCUACCAGGCUAGUGACAAAUUACAGAAUGCCUUGGCCAGCAGCAAAGAACAUGAAGAUAAAUACCAAGCCAGCCACCCCAACCUAAGAAAACUGGACACAGGAGGAUUUGGAGCUUCUGCAUCAAUAGAUGACAGCUCCUCCAGACAGAAUGGAUAUGCUCAGAAUAGACACCUUAGAGAGGCUCACCAGACCCUUGACAAAAAUUUAGAUGAGAUGUCUGAUGGCUUGAGAAGACUAAAGAACCUUGGACUUGGCCUCCAGUCUGAGAUUGAGGAGCAGGACGACUCCAUCCAUUCUCUGCUCAACAAAGUGGACAAGAUGGAUGUCAAGAUCCACAACACAAACCAACAGAUCAAAAACCUCAAAUAAAACAAACACUUGGACUCACAUUACAGAGAUAAAGAGAAGUCAGUGUCCUCUCACUUUGUGUCCAUCCUGGCCUUUGUCGAAAAACACUUUUGAUUUUGUCUUUUCUUUGUCUUUUCUUUUUUCACGUAUUGGAAAAUGUAAUUCUAGCAGAUGCACAAGUGAACUCAUUUUUAUCCACAUCAUUUUCCUCUCAAGUGAAUUUCCCAUUUCUGUGUCAGAUUUGUCCAUAAAUCUAACUCUGCCUGGCUCUUCCCGCCACAAAUGUUUAUACUGACAUGUUGUAUUGAAUUUUGUCCUGCCCACACUUGCACACGCCUUAUGGAGCUAUCCCACCUUAAAAUGUGAUUAAGUUACAUUUGUGUGCUUUGACGGGAAAAGUUUAUUCCAUGAUUAGAUGUAAGGGACUGUCUCUGUCCAUCUGUUUGUUUUCUCCAUCAAGCUCCACUGCACUCCUGUCUGAAUGUAGUCAGCUGAAUUUGCAUUGGUCAGGUGAUUAGAGUAUCAGUUUGAUCAGUUUUUCUCGGCCACCAAAGACCUACAAUUGGCUGCUAGUUUGCUCGUCAUGCAGGCAAAACAGAAGAAUGGUUUGAAAAAUGAGGAAGAGCAUUUGAAUUAAUUAGUAAGUCAGUAAACAGAAAGUAGACUGUUUUGUGUGUAUGAUUGAUAACCUGGACUUGCCUCCAUAUUUGUACAAAAACACUUCACAAGUCUCACUCAAAUCACCUUUGCCUUACAUGUAACUAUGUAUGUACAGAAGACCCGCUUUUGUUUCUGUGCCAUGAUUCUGCCUCCACUGAUACAUCUCAUUAUAAUGCUUCAGUUUUUAAAGUUCUUCAGUAUGAAUUUGAUAUUUUUUGUUUGGAGUAUGUUCAUGUUCUUCAGUGCUUUCCAUAGCUUUAUACAGAUUGUUUACGUUGAUAUAUGUCAUAUUCAAUGCUGCAGAAUCUGAUGGAAUGAUUAAUGUACAGCAUAAAUAAUGUGAAGAAGUUAGCUGUGAAUAUUGAAAAAGCUAGAAACAGAAGGAAUAUCCCCAGUACUAUAAUCUCAAAUCUUCCUAACAAUACAGAGUAAUAGCUGGUGAACCACAUGUGCGUUUUUCAGAAAUUACAUCAUCAAUAAUUAAUUAACUUUAAUAAAAGUAAACAAGGA